CAGCUGUACUUAGAUAGAGUGUUCCCUUUCCAUGGAACAUAAGCACCUUCUUAUCCUUACAUUCUCAAUCCUCCGUCCCCUGUAACCAUGCCCUCCGAGAUCACUUCAAAACACAAAUGCAUGGGUAUUGGGUGUGACAAUGUCUGCAGCACCCUACAAUGCCCCACCUGUCUCAAGCAGGGAAUCCACGGCAGCUUUUUCUGCUCACAGGAUUGUUUCAAGAAGAACUGGAACACCCACAAAACCCUACACGGAACCACAACUCUCUACAACCCCUUCCCCUCAUACCCAUUCACCGGCCCCCUCCGCCCCGUCUACCCCUCUCCAACCCCCGCCCCGUGCCCCCAUCCAUCCACCCCCCAGACUACUGGCAAACUGGAAUCCCCCUCAACCCGGCUCCCCUCUUCGACCGCCGGGUCAAAUUCACCAUCCUCGACCAAGCCGGCCAAAAUGCCAUGCGAAAAGUAUGUCGUCUCGCCCGAGAAGUCCUCGACAUCGCAGCCGCUGCUAUCCGACCCGGCAUAACAACCGAUUACAUUGAUGAGAUUGUGCACAAGGCGUGUUUGGAACGUGAUUCCUACCCCUCCCCCCUAAACUACAACCACUUCCCCAAAUCAGUCUGCACAUCCCUCAACGAAGUAAUCUGCCACGGCAUUCCCGACCAACGCCCCCUUCGCUCCGGCGACAUCCUCAACAUCGACGUCACCCUCUACCACGGGGGCUACCACGGCGACGUGAACGAAACCUACUACGUUGGUGCUGCAACCACAAACCCCGAGUCCGUCCGAGUGGUCGAAACCGCGCGCGAGUGCUUGCAAAAAGCCAUCCAGCUGGUCAAACCAGGCACGUUGUUCCGGGCCUACGGGGAGGUUAUUGAAGCGCAUGCCAGGAGUAAAGGGUGUAGUGUCAUCCGGGCGUUUUGUGGCCACGGCAUUCAUCAGGUGUUUCAUUGUUUGCCGAAUGUGCCGCAUUAUUCGGGGAAUAAGGCCGUGGGGAGGGCGGAGGAGGGAAUGUGUUUUACUAUUGAGCCGAUGGUGGCGAUUGGGGAUUGGAGAGAGAGGGUUUGGCCCGAUGGGUGGACGGCGGUUACGGGGGAUGGGGGGGUGACGGCGCAGUUUGAACAUACCCUUCUUGUAACGAAGGAUGGAGUCGAGGUUUUGACGGCCAGAUUGCCGGGUUCGCCUGGGGGACCUGUUACAUGCCCUGUAUCUGUGUCUCCUCCGAAUGUAUAAUCACACACUAUACACACACACCAUAAAUAGACAGUAUCUACUCAAAGAACAACCCCGCCCCCCAUCCCCAUCCCAAAAAGAGAGGAACUAAG